AUGAGCACCUACAACCCUCCCACACUGGAGCAGCUGGCACUGGAGGUGCUGGUGAGGAAUGAUGCCAUAGACUUCUCUGAUCUGGAAUACCUGCCCAUUAUGCUCUUCCCACCACUCUUCCUAGAGGCAUUCAAUAGGAGACGCACAGAGUUAUUGAAGGCAACGGUGGCAGCCUGGCCCUUUUCCUACCUCCCUGUGGGACCAUUACUGAAAUCUGCUGAUGUGGAGAUGAUGCAAGCUGUGCUGGAUGGCAUAGAUCUACUGAUGACCCAGAAUGUUCCUCCCAGGAGGAAGCUAAAAGUGUUGGACUUGAGAGAUGUGCAUCAGGAUUUCUGGGAUGCAUGGGCUGGAAGAGAAGAUGGAGCGUGCUCACCAGAUAUUUUAAGAAAGAAGCAAGGCCCAGAGAGUCUUCCUACUUAUGCGUUGACACAACAAUUGCAGGUGGUCACUUACCUGUACCUCAAAUCCUCUUUGGAAGAAGACCAAAAGUACUUGCUCCGGUGGGCCAAGAAGAACAGUGACUCUUUGCAGCUAAUCUGUCAGAAGAUGAUAAUUUUUCGCUUCCCCCUAAAGAUUAUCAAGGAGGUCUUGAACAUUUUCCACCCAAUCUAUAUUGAUGAAUUGAAAAUAUGCACACUUGAGGUAGAUGUAAUGCCAUUCCUAAGUUUAUUUCCACAUUUCCUUGGCCAGAUGAGAAAUAUUACCAAAUUCAAUCUACAUCAAAUUGACUUCCAAUAUAAUCCUCUGGAGAUUAGCAGGGAGGUGUAUAAAUUCUUUUCUCAGCUCACCAAACUCGACCAUCUCCAGAGUCUCUAUUUGAAUUGUUCCUUCAUUCCCAAUAACAACAUGGAAAUUUUGUUCAGAUGUCUGAAGAGCCCCUUGGAAUCCUUGUCUAUGUCUUUCUGCCGACUCUCGAUGUCAGACCUGGAACACAUGUCAAAGUGUCAGAGCCUCUAUCAACUGAAACAACUGCACUUCAGUGCUGUAGUGUUUUCUGAGUCAUGUUUCAAGAGUCUCCGAAUUCUCCUAGAGAAUGUAUCUGAAACUCUGCAGAGUCUGCAGUUUGAGCACUGCAGGAUGAAGGACUCUCAUCUCAAAGUCCUCUUGCCAGCCCUGAGCCAGUGCUCACAGCUCAACAGUAUUAAUUUUUACUAUAACGACUUCUCCACUCCUGUACUGAAGGACCUUCUGCAAUGCAUGGCCAAUCUGAACAACUUGACUGUAGAGGUGUACCCUGCCCCAAAAGAGUGCUAUGAUCCCCUGGGUGAUGUUGUGGUGGAGAGGUUUUUUCAACUGUGUCCUGAGCUGCUACAAAUGCUCAUGUCCAAAAGGCAGCCCCAAAAAUUUAUGUUUGCUACAGCCACCUGCCCUCAUUGUUUGGGAUGCUGUGUCUAUGACAGGGUUCCCAGCCCUUGCCUUUGUUGGCAGACUCUGACCUCUAUCAAUGGACCUCUGAAUGACUACUUGGACAUAUUGGCCCACAUCCAUGGGACCAAAAUCACCCCCUUGAUGGAUGCAAAGGUAAAAUGGUUCAUCAAUGGCAACAUCUUCAUUCAUAUUUAUGUUGGAGCAGCAGUGGUCUCAAACACCAAGAUCAUUUGGGUAGAGCCACUCCUGGCAGGAAUGAAGACAGUCCUUCUGACAGCAGAAAGAAGGAUUGAACUCCAUCCCAGAGGGCAACAAGACAGCCCAGUGGUGGCCCUAAAAAUUGGGCUCUUCAUGCCCUUGAUUGUCUUAGAUCUAGGACAUCCCACACUCUCUGACCAGAUUGAAGAUAUGAUCUGGGCCAAAAACUUGCAGUAUGGAGAGCUGAAUGCUUGCCACCUGACUUCCUUCUUGGCCAUUACCUUGGCCACCUGUUUAAGGUCUUUGGGUACUGCAUCUGAAGGAAAAGGCACUAAGCUUUCUGGCCUGUGA